GGCGAGGGCAAGUGUCAGUCAGGUCGGGAACGCUACGGAGAACUGCGGAGACUCCGGCGGCUGACAGGGCGCCCGGGCCGCUGUCGUGUCGUCUGCCCAAGAUGGAGUUCCUCCUGGGGAACCCGUUCAGCACCCCUGUGGGGCAGUGUCUCGAAAAGGCAACGGAUGGCUCCCUGCAAAGCGAGGACUGGACGUUAAACAUGGAGAUCUGUGACAUCAUCAAUGAGACAGAAGAAGGGCCAAAGGAUGCCAUCCGAGCCCUGAAGAAGCGGCUGAACGGGAACCGGAACUACCGAGAGGUGAUGCUGGCAUUAACAGUGCUGGAGACGUGUGUGAAGAACUGCGGCCACCGCUUCCACGUCCUCGUGGCCAACCGAGAUUUCAUCGACAGUGUUCUGGUCAAAAUCAUCUCCCCCAAGAACAGCCCUCCCACCAUCGUGCAGGACAAGGUGCUCGCUCUGGUCCAGGCAUGGGCCGACGCCUUCCGAAGCAGCCCUGACCUCACGGGCGUGGUGCACAUAUACGAGGAGCUGAAGAGGAAGGGGGUCGAGUUCCCUAUGGCAGAUCUGGAUGCCCUGUCUCCCAUCCACACCCCACAGCGGAGUGUCCCUGAAAUGGAUCCAGCCGCCACCACGCCCAGGUCCCAGUCGCAGCAGAGGACAAGUGCCGGCUCCUACUCCUCGCCACCUCCUGCUCCCUUCUCCGCUCCGCAGGCCCCGGCUCUGAGUGUGACCGGUCCCAUCACAGCCAACUCAGAACAGAUCGCCAGGCUGCGGAGCGAACUGGACAUUGUUCGAGGAAACACAAAAGUCAUGUCUGAGAUGUUAACGGAAAUGGUCCCUGGGCAGGAGGAUUCAUCCGACCUGGAGCUGCUACAGGAGCUGAACCGGACCUGCCGGGCCAUGCAGCAGCGCGUGGUGGAGCUCAUCUCCCGGGUGUGCAACGAGGAGGUCACCGAGGAGCUGCUGCACGUCAACGACGACCUCAACAACGUCUUCCUCCGCUACGAGAGGUUCGAGCGCUACAGGUCGGGCCGAUCGGUUCAGAACGCCAGUAAUGGAGUGCUGAGUGAGGUGACUGAAGACAAUUUGAUAGACCUAGGGCCGGGCUCUCCAGCCGUGGUGAGCCCGAUGGUGGGGGGCACGGCACCCCCUUCUUCCCUCUCAUCCCAGCUUGCUGGCUUGGACCUGGGCACAGAGAGCGUCAGCGGCACCCUGAGCUCACUGCAGCGGUGUGGUCCUCCAGAGGGCUUCGGCGUGUUUGCCCAGGCGAGAGGGGGCUCCUCGGCCCAGCAACGCAAGACGGUAACCUGCGAGGACCCUCAGGCUGCCGGAGGACUUGCUUCUGUCCUGGACAGUCGGAAACAGAUCUCCGAAGUGAAGAGAGUUCAAGGUGGGGACUCUGACCUGGAGCCCAUAGACAGCUGGCUCAUAGCCCAAGGAAUGAUCCCCGUUGCGCAGCCCUCUGUCAUGGACGACAUUGAGGUGUGGCUCAGGACGGACCUGAAGGGCGACGAUCUGGAAGAGGGUGUCACCAGUGAAGGUAGGGCCUGGCAGUGGCUUUACAGCCUGCUCUCCCCGUCUGCUGCUCUCCUGGCUUGGGGUGCACAGGGCACCCCCACCUCAGAGCGCACUGCUGCAGCCCUGUCUGGUACCUGGGCCAAACAGGGCCUCUGUGCCGGGAGCUUCGACCCUCUCCCACCCAGGCCUCGUGCUGAGGGGGCAGUCAGAAAGCACGUGACUAUUGCAAGGUCAGAGCUAGUGAGCAGUAGGUACAUACUGCCAUCCAGGUCAGCGUGACCCCAAACCCUGCUCCUGGCCAGUGUGUCCCACCCCCAAACGCUCAAUCCAGCAGAGGCAGGCUGUGCCGUCUAAGGGGCACACGGGCCUCUCCAGGCCUGGCAUCCCGCCACCUCACUUCUGGGGGUCAUGUAGGGAAGUUCCAUCACGGCCCCCUCCCAGCCUGCCUCGGGACCUGCCCUCCGGCACACCCUUCCCUCUGCCCUGCCUCCUCCCGACCACCUGGGCCACCCCUCAGGCACAGAGCCCUGUGGUGGGGCUGCCCUCCAGCGCCCUCUGCCUGCUCAGUGCUGCUAAGGAGCCUGGAAAAGAAUCGUCCACGUCGCCCCUGCCCCCAGCAAGGUCUCCACCCUGUCUUGGAGGUGGCAGGGGUGGGAUCAAGGCUGGGUCCCCAGAGCCCCCAGAAGCACCCUGGCUGGCUGGUGCCGGCACUCCGUUCUCCUCUCCAGCAGGCCGUAGCCAGGGUGGGGACUCGUGCUGGGGCGA